AUGGCGGCUUUCAGCCUUCAGAGUGCUCAUGUGGGCUAUCAGGGAGAUAUUGUCCUGGGAAAUCUCCGCAGUGCCACCAGCUGUGAUAACUGCAUCUGGCCAAAGUCAGACAGCGGAAACGUGGAUGUUCCCUAUACCCUCUCUUCCAAAUACAGUGAUUCGGAGAAAAAGAUCAUCCUUGGUGCGAUGCUAGAGUUUGAAACGUUGACCUGCGUGAAGUUCGUGGCUCGUACUGAUCAAAGGAACUACAUUGCCAUUAAGCCCGAUGAUGGGUGUAGGUCUGCCAUUGGAAUGGUGGGAGGUGAGCAGGAGAUAUCGCUGCAUCGUUCUGGUUGCCUCAAGAAAGGCAUCACUCAACAUGAACUCAACCACGCGCUGGGAUUCUACCACGAACAAGCCAGAACCGACCGCGAUGAAUAUGUCACCAUAGUGACUGAAAACAUCAAUCCAGAUGACCUCAAACAUUUUGACAUCGUCCCAACUAAGAAUUUGGGAAUGAAGUAUGAUUAUGAAUCUGUAAUGCACUAUUCCAGUACGGCAUUCAGUAACAAACCCCAGCAGGCAACGAUAGUUCCCAGAUUUAACACCUCUUCCACCAUCGGACAGCGGUAUGGACUGAGCCGCCUGGAUGUUGGAAAGAUUAACGUUCUGUACGGUUGCGAUGUUUGCAGCACUUUGUUACCUACCCCCAAAGGGACCGUGAGUUCAGCAAACUACCCCUCUAACUACCAAGACAAUACCAGCUGUGUGUGGCUCAUCAGGACACCGUCCCAAAGGGUGCUCCUGGAAUUUGAAGAUUUUGAUGUACAAUCCUCUCCAGACUGUGAUUCCGAUUAUGUUAAGGUGUACGGUGGAGCGAGCAGAACCGCCCCGGUACUUCUAGAGAAAGCGUGCGGCGGUAUUAUUCCUCCACCCUUAAUGUCCUCGUCCAACCUGAUGUUGCUGGAGUUCGUCAGUGAUGGAGAAGUCACAGGAAGGGGGUUCAAGGCUUCGUACGGCACAGUCCAAUGCGGCAACACGUUCCACCAACCUUCAGGAACCUUCACAUCGCCGGGAUUUCCCGAGGAUUAUUUGCCGCUGUUGGAAUGUAUAUGGCUUAUCACGGCUCCUGAAGGCUUCAUGAUCACUCUGCGGAUAAACCAACUCAACGUGGAGUAUUCAGUUUACUGCCGACUCGAUUAUCUCUCCGUCUUUGAUGGAGACGGCCCUUCCGCUCCACUUAUAGGGACUUACUGCGGCUCAAGGGAGAACAUCGUGGGAACCUCCAGCGGAACAUCAAUGUUCAUUCUAUUCCACUCGGACCACUCCGAGCAGAUGAGCGGCUUCGAGGCAUCCUAUCAGUUUGGUAGAUUUAUUUAAUCUGUUAAGUAAAAUGUGAACCCAAUACAUUUAAAUAAAUAAAUAAACUGAACUAUGA